CGUAACCCGCCCGAGUCGUCGCACUCGUCUCGCCCCCGCCCUCCGCUCCCGCUGUGUCAGACGGCGCCUCCCCAACUCUGGUCCCCUGCGCGUGCGGCUGGAUUCCUCGACGCCGGACUUCUGGGCGCGCGCCCUCUAGGCCCGUCCCCGCGCAGCCGUCCGAUUCCGUGUCCGCCGCACUGAGUCCACCCCUUCCCCCUGCUCGCACCAUGAAGCAGCGUGUGCAGGAGGUCGCGGUGUAGAUCUUCAACGCCGCCGCAGCCAAGAUCUCCUUGGUGACGUCGUGGGAUGGGACGCGAAGCUGAUGCCCUCCUUUUCUGCCGCUGAUCCAUCAAGGGUGCCGUCACCAGGUGAUUUUUUUUGUUUCUCUCAUUUUUCCCUGCUGUUGAUAAGAGUCAUGUACUCGUUGCAUCGAGAAAUUUGCAAAAAUAGCACCGCAAACAUUGUCAUUUGCAGUUUUGCCAUUGGCCCUAUAUUUCAUAGGCACAGAUGGUCCCACCGUGUCAUUCACGGGAAGAGUGGCAAAUUCACGAGUGGUCAGUCUUUGCAGUCCUAAUAUUGCUUUUUUUUUUCCGUUGUGCAUCACACCAGUCGCAUGUUUAGACCUUGCGUCACUCUUGUCCUUCCUGCAGUCAAUACAUAUCUGCGUCCUACAUGCAUAUGGAAUCAAAUCAAACCAAGGUGAUUCCGAUUCUUUAAAGGAAAAUGAUAUCAGUUGUAUCUGUGCUGGCAUAAUCAGAGACCAUUGUUCCUCAGCAGGGAGGCAGAAUUCGGAAAGAUUGAACCCAUACUUAUUCCAUUGUUCAAAAUGCAGUAUGGUUCAAUUGGAUGGUUCAAUACAUUGAUGAUGCAAAGCUUCCAGUCACAUACCACCAGCUGCGUUACUUGAUCGGUUGGUUUUCCUUGGUCCUUGCCCUUUGCCGAGACAUGAGCAAGCAGCCGAUGUCGCCGGAGGGAGGCGGCGGCGGCGUGCCGCUGGCGCCGAACCGAGCUCGCGGCGCCGAUGCGGCGCCGUCUCCGCCGGGCACCGGCCGCACCCGCAAGGCGAGCGUGCAGGGCGAGGGGCAGGCUGCGGCAGGGUCGUCGCUGCGCGACGGCGCAGGGACCAGUGCGGCCAUGGCGGCCCACGGCGGCGGCGGGCGCCGCGUGACCCUCCUGGUGCCGCCGCCGGAUGGAGGCCAGCCGCAGCAGGUGGCGCAGUACUCGCGCGAGGGACGCAACGGGGCUGCCUCUCAGCCGGCGGCCGGACGCCCCAGGCCGUCCUAUGUGCCGCCGGCGCAGAGGCGGCGAGAGCAGCCGCCGCCGGCCUAUGGACAUGGACCGUACCCGUGGGGAGGCGUCCCCGAAGAACGGCAGCAGGCGGCGCCGCCACCUGGAGGCGCGCUGCCACCCGGGACGGGGAGCGAUCUCGCUAUUCCGGGAGGAGCUGCGCCGCCAACUGCUGGAGCUGCGCCGCCGCGCCGGAAGCGUUUCGGAAUGGCCAAGACGACUUGGGCUGCGGACCUGCCGGACCCGUCGGACGCGCGCCAGCAUCGUCGUCCACCUAACCACGCACCUGGAGACGAAGAAGCUGCCCCGCCAGGUAGCCUCGCCACACCCACACCAGGAGGGGCUGCGCCACCGCCACCUGGUGGAGCCGCACCGCCGCGUCGGCCGAAACCUUUCAGGAUCGGCACGACUACUUGGGCUUCUGACCGGCCGGCGGACUCGUCGGAUGCGCGCCCUCCUCGUCCACAUCAGCACACACCUGGACCGGGAGACGAAGCAGCGCCGCCACGCGGGGGCAGCCCCACCGCACCGGGAGGGCCACGCUGGUUCGGGAGGUUCGGGCUCCCCACCGCGAAGACCAUCGAGCGCGUCAGCACUCUCGACACGGGAUACGGCACGGAGGUGCCGGCGGCGGCGGCGGACUCUCGCCUGCCACCGCCGCACGCGCAUGACGCGCGUCCCCAACACCCGACGCCACCGUAUCAGCCACCGCCGUACGAUAAGAAGUGGCAUGGGCAGCCGUCACCGAUGCUCCCCACGGAGAGGAGGAGGAAGAAGGAGAAUUCGAAGAAGCCGCUGGCGUUCCUCUUCACCCUGUGCUGCAUCCUCUUCUGGCUUGUGGUGGUCUGCAUCGGCCUCGCCAUCCUGGUGAUCUACCUCCUCUACCACCCGAAGCCGCCGCGGCUCCACGUGAGCACGGCGACCCUGAACGCCGGGUACAUCGACGAGCUCCCACCGCCCCACCUCGGCCAGGCGCUCAACUCCGACCUCUACGUGCUCGCCGCCAUCUACAACCCCAACACCAAGAUCGACGUGGCGCUGCACUACAUGCAGUUCGACCUCUACUUCCAGGGCCACCUGAUCGGGACGCAGGCGGUGUGGCCGCCACUGUACGAGAGGCCCGGCGACUCCGCGCUCCGGACCGUGCACCUGGUGGUGAGCGAGGUGGUGAUGCGGCCGGAGGACGCCGACGUGUGGAAGAACGUCACGUCCAGCGGCGGCCUCGUGCAGAUGCAGCUCGAGGGCAGGUUCUACGUCCAGCUCAACUUCGGGCGAUGGCUCCCGUUCAGGUACAUGGUGAAGCCGAGCUGCGCGCUCUGGCUCGACCCGCCGCCGGAGGGCGCGCUGCGCAGGGCGCGGUGCCGGCAAUGAUUUCUCCGCUUCCAUCGGAAUCACAUCACUAGGGGUGCAUAUGCAUCUGAUUGGUUGCUUCGCGUAUGGUCGUUUCAGUUCAGAGCUAGAGGAACGAAUUCGUGUAUUUUGGAUUUUAGUUAUUUUUUUUUGCUGGAGAACAUUUGGGGUUCUUGAAUUAUUAUUUUUUGGUAAAUCGAAUGGAAUUAGGGAUCGAGCCAGUGACAAUUCUGUCUAGAAAAUAAAAUCAGGCAUCAGGUUGGACACUGAUCGAGUGAUUGUCAGUUCGUGUUUGUAUAUGCCCACAAUGCAGAGGAGAGGAGAUGCUUUGUGAA